ACGGAAUGAAAGGUUUGCUAAAUUUGCGGUUUGGCGUGUUUUUUUCUGACGAAAUUUCGUUUUACAUUAUUAAAAUAAAUACCGACUGUUAUUACAUGGAAGGUAAAAAUCGAGGAUAACAAAGUGUACCAUUUUUCCAGUUACAAUGGACUUCCUUCCCACUAAUCGCUAACAAAAAAAUGAUCAAUGUGACAUGAGCCUGAGACCAGAAGAGCCUCGAAAUCGAGGCUCAACAAAUAAAUCUCCGAUACAGGACAAAGUCGAGACGAUCUUCUACAGUUGGGGUUUGCUAUGCAGCAGUCAUCCAGUUUCGGUCUUGGUGUUCGUCAGCGUCAUCAUUCUCAGUUGCUGCAUGCCCUUGAUUAAUAUCCCACUUCCGUUGACGUCACCGCAGCAAGAAUGGGUGUCAUCGAUAAACGAAACCAGCGCUCUGGAGCCCUACUGCUACGUUCAACAGGUCGUGUUGAAAGUGGCCGUUUUGCCUUGGCAGCUAGAUUUAAAUUUAGGUGACGCCUUCAGGGCCCCUCUGUAUGAGGCCUUUAAACUGUUGGAUAUAGUACGAAAUUACGAAGAUAAGCAUAGUGCGAGAACUUUAGGACAUGUAUGUCUUCACAUCGAGGCAGUAACCAAAAAUCGAGCAUACUCGCCAGUAAUGCCUCAAUACAGUUGCUUAGUAUUAUCACCAGCCAAUUUCUGGCAUCAGGACAUUCAGCAGUUCAGUUCAGAUAGUUCGAUUUUAACAACUAUAUUUAACCAUCAUAAAUUCCACAAGGGUAAAAUAUCAGUGGCUGAAAUGUUGUUUGGCAUGACUUUGAGGGAUACAGGAAUUAAAAGAUAUCCUUUUAGGAAUAGACAGAGGAUUAUACAGUUUGCCGUUAGUAUGUUUUUUAAGGAAUAUGACAGAGGAUUUAUUGAUGGUCUACGUGAUAAACUGAAAGCUGCGUAUCCUCUACAUCAAAAUACUAACGCAUCUCUUGGUGCGUUAUUAAAUGAUACACUUAUAAUUAACUAUCCAGGGGAAAUUAACUAUAUCGAACUGAUUCCUAUAUUUACAGCGUUUAUUUUGUUAUAUCUUUACUAUUAUUUUUGUGUGUGGAAAGUUGAAGAGAUCAAAUCUAAGGCAGGAAUGUCCAUCAUUGCCACCAUCACUGUUCUUUGUAGCUUACUUAUGUCUAUGGGCAUAUGUUUUCUGUUUGGUCUGACUGUCAAUAACCAAAGAAGAAAAUGGGUUUUUCCCUAUCUGGCUAUUUUAUUUGGCCUGGAAAACGUUCUUGUACUCACUAAGAGUGUGCUAUCAACUCCGUCACACUUAGACGCUAAAAUUCGAAUAGCUCAAGGCUUGAGCAAGGAAGGAUGGUCAACUACCAAAAACUUAUUAGUCGAAAUAACAAUUUUCACUUUCGGUUUGAUCACGUUCGUUCCAGUAAUUCAGGAAUUCUGCAUAUUCGCCUUGGUCAGUUUGACUACCGGAUUAUUUCUACAAAUAUUCUUUUUCGUAACCGUCCUAGGUAUCGAUCUCAAUAGAGCUAGUAACUCGAUAGAAAAAACUAAUCAGAACUUUAGAAACGCUCUGUAUCAGCCUCUGGUUACUUCGGAUCUGUCUCAUACGAACAAGGGUAUGAGCAGGUCAAGAUCUCAUCCAAGAUUGAACUUUCCUACUAACGUCAUAGCUGGGCAAAAGCAUGGAAAUUCACAGGAAAAGAAAAUUUCCAGGAGAGUAAGGUUUAUUCAUAUAUGGACCAGGACUAGGUUCUUCCAGAAAUCUUUUAUGGUCCUGAUGGUUAUUUGGAUCUGUAUGAUCAUCUAUAACAGCGACAUAAUCAAUACUUAUUUCUUAAACGCUAUCGAGGAAAGACAGAACCAGUCGAAUUUUUCAUUGAACAAAAACUAUUUAUCUUUAAAUUUCUUUCCUUUUCCGCAAUACAAUGCGACGAAAAAGCUGAAUUACGUCACCUACAGUCCUCUAGAUAUCGACAAUCCAAACGGCUACAAUCAGUCUCACGACAUGGAGAAAUUAAAACAUACCGACUACCCUCUUUACCUGAAGAUUUCACCUGAUCAUUGGGCUUCUAUAUUAAAGAAAUACAAUAUCUCCUUGAGUGGGAAAACUGUGGCGGUGUUGCCAAGUAUAAGGCUGUCUCAUUUAAUCAGUCCAGAACAGGCAGUCUUGUUGAGGAAUCCGGAUGAGAAAUAUGGCGAUUUUCAAUGGCAAGCUUUGGCUGUGGCUUUGGAUCCCAUUGACUUUAAUGGAGAUGAUUUUCCGUCGAUAAAUCAAAUAGAACAACCGUUUUAUCCGAGAUCUCCCAUGGAAAUAAUGCUGAUCACCAUCCUGAUUGUGAUUAGUGUUAUUGUGUUGGCCUACGCUUUUGUGGUGCUGUAUAAGUGCAUAUGCUCAAGGAAUUACGCAGAAUGGCGUUCAUCAUGGUAUCCGGAUAGGCAUGAUGAGGCUGUAGAGGAUCAGGUUCUUUUGGAGGCGGUACCUGUCGUUUUAGAAGGACAUACUCAAGAGAUUGAAUGUAUAGCAACUGAUGGGGUACAUUUAGCCAGCGUGUGUUUAGGCGGUCAACUGAAAAUCUGGGACAACAGUACGGGAGAACUAGUUAACGUCAUAGACCGCAAAUCCUAUUUCAUAGACGAAAGCGACAAAUUCGUCAAUGAAUACGACGAUCCGUCCGAUUACGAAUCAGCCUCCCCUCCAUCAACUGAUGACGUUUUCCCCAAACUCACCAACAGAAUAAACACCGACUUCUCCAGCUUCAAACCUAGAACGUCAGAUGACGCGUUCGACGCGCGUUUCGAGUUCUACAGGGUGUUUAAGUUUCAUUAUAGUAAUUCCAAGUCCAACGAGGGAGCUGCUGGACAGGCCAGCUCUAGUAGGCAGAGGCAGAUCAGCCGGCAGGAUAGCAACAAGUCGAAUAAUUCUAGUAGGAAAACCAGCGACUGUGGCAGUGCGAAUAGCAAGCUUUCAUCGGUGUGGUGCAUGGAUUAUGUGGAUAAUUUAAUUAUUAUUGGUUGUGCGGAUGGUAGGCUUGAGUUGUGGGAGGCUACCAGUACUAAAGUUAAGUGUAUAUUUGAAGAUGGUAACCAAUCAGGAGUUACCAACGUGAAGAUAGUGGGUUCGAGAAUUAUCGCAGCUAGAUUGUGCGGUUCUUUAGAUCUCCUUCAAUUGCAAACAUUCAACCAGGGCAGGCCUGUCGAUUGGAAUUUUACCUGUGCUUACAGAAGGACGCAUAUCCGCACAGGAUCGAUGGGAUCGAUUUCAGAAAGAGAUAUAAAGAAUCAGAACGAUUCCGAGGAAGACUUGAAGUGCUUCAAGCUACUGAGCGUAAAGGCACAUCAACAGCCUAUAACGUGCCUCGAUUGCGAAGGAGGGAGAAUAGUGACUGGCAGCCAGGAUCACACCCUGAAAGUGUACAGGGUGGACAAUGGCGACCCCGUGUACACGUUGCACGGUCACUGCGGCCCUAUCACCUGUCUGUUUAUCGAUAGGGUGUGUCCGGCAACGGCCGGAAGCGGAUCGCAAGACGGCAUGUUAUGCGUUUGGGACCUACUUUCAGGGACGUGUAUGUACAGCAUCCAAGCGCACGACGGCUGCAUCAUUUCCAUAACUUAUUCGGCGAGCUACGUAAUCUCACUAGGAAUAGACGAGAGGCUGUGCGUUUGGGAACGGUUCCAGGGCCACAUCCUCAACACCAUAUUGGUGGGCCAGGUCUUCUCCAAUCACGUGCUAAUGCUGGCCCCACACUUGGCGGCCACCGGCAGAAACGGUGGCUUGAUCAUAUGGGACGUGCGCAACGGUGAAUGCGUCAGAAACAUUACGUUGGGUAGGGAUCCUUUGUGUUUUAUUAAUCAACUGAUUCUGUUAAGGGACGCGGUUUUGUGCGACUAUGGAAAGCAGCUGAGAAUCGUGCGGUUUCCAUUGAUUACUCAUAAGUUUGAUUAGGAUUGUGACAAAUGACUUACGGAGAAACUUUAUUCUUUAGGAGUUAUUUAUUUUAUUCAUUAAAUAAGAAUACCAAGGAAGGAGCGUAAUUGAGAUCCACAGAUCUUUGUUCUGUGGAACAGUCCAGGGUAUCCUCAGCAUGGAAAAAUGACAACUGUCACUGUCAUGUAUUUACUCAUUCGACAGUGUAUAUAUUUACUAUAGUGUGCCCCUUGAGUUUGUCCUACCGGGCAUUUCCUGACAGGUCAUUUUUUGGAUGUCGUCUGUCGAAAUAUUCCCUACUGAUAAAAGAAAGUGUUGUCAAUGCAUGAAUAUGAAAAUUGUGUUAAACACCUACCUUAGUCUUUUUAUUCAAUGAUUUUGUUAUCGCACCUGUACCAAAUACUUAAAAGAAACUAAUGUGUUUUUCUUUGUUACUUUUUAUUAAUUAUUAAUAUUUAUACAUCUGUAAAUAGUGGUAGCUGCGAGCGCGUUGAAAAUUGUAAAUUAGUGCUGUAAAAACAUUAUUUCUAACGUAUUAAAUUGUUUGGUAAAGUUCUUAAAGUGAACAAAAUAAUUGUGCCUUUUACAUGUCUAGAAGACGUUAAAUAAUUGUUUUUAUCUUUUAAUCACUGUUUUUUAAUUUAAGAUUAAUUUAUUUUCAAAAAUAUUUUGUAAUAAUAACGCUUAUUUUUAUUAUGUAUGUUAAUUAGUUUAGUAUUUUGUAGAACAUAUUAAAUAAAACUAUUUUAAUUAAAAAAUA